UAGAGCUCGACGUUGUGAUCAUAUAGGCAAAAACGGAUUGCAGUUCUGAUGUCUAGAAAUUAACCUACACAUUUUUCUUUCUUCGACACCUAAAGAGAACCCAUGGCUGUUUCUUUUCCUUUCUGCCUUUUUGGAAACAGUUCACCGAAACACCAAAAGAUGAAGGGAUCAUCCUACACACACGUGUUCUCCAUUCCUUUUGUCACAUAACCUAUUCAUACAGUAAGGGAGCUAUUGAGUAGUGGGAGUAGAAGACUGACCUGCAUCUCAUCCAUGGCGUCGAAUACAAGUAGGUGUUCUUGAGAUAAAUUUCUGUUAUGUGCGGUAUUAUACUCGGCAUGAAUUGAAUGUAUUGUAAUCCUAGUACCUAGUUGAUAUAGUUCUGACUAAUAAGUUUCAUUGAACUGCUUACGUACAAUAUGGUACCACUUACAUAUAAGUACUCAAACAAGAAAAACAGCAAGCAAUACUAAUUCGAGGGUCUGCAAGCCUGGAACAACCAGAUCAAAUCCAGAAAAAGCCCCGAGGACCAAAUUAAAAGCUCCACAAAUAUAAAAACCAAAGAAAAAACCUUUUUAAGUUUUGCCGUAGGGUCCAGUUUCGGUGCGGUUUCAUAUGUUCAAAACAGAAAAUAAACCUUUUUUCAAACUGCAGUUCGGUUUCAAACUAAAACAGUUUCAAAAUGGCAAAACCGAAUUGUUCAGUGCGGUCGAAUUUUGUUCGUGUUUUAAUUUCAGUUUUCGGUUCCAAGUAUUGGAAAAUAUUAGUAUUUAUGUUUAUUUUAAUAUUUAGGUUUUGCUUGUUAGUUUAGAAAUUGAGCUUAGUCCAUCCAAGUUAGUGUUUCUUAAGUGUUCUCUAUAGAUAUAAUUUGUAAUUUAGUAUGAUAAAUGAGUUAGUCAAGAGGCCGUUACUCUCUCUUCGUGCCUCUCUCUCUCUUCCACCUCCAUCUCUUCCAGGAGCUGCGUGCCGGAUUUGAAACUGCACCCAACCGUGUGUAAAUUUUCGGUUCGGCUCCCGGUUUUAGGGGUCCAGCUUUCUUUUCCAUCUCCGAUGGCAAAACCAGGCUCAGUCAAAGUUAUUGAGGUUCGUGGAGUAGCUCCGAAACCAAGCUUGCCGCCGAACUCCGCCCACCCGGAGGAUCUGUCUCUUCCUCUAACAUUCUUUGACCUCCGCUGGCUAAGGUUCCCACCCCCUCAACACCUUUUCUUCUACAACAUGCCUUCAUUCGACACAUCACACUUCUUCGAUUCCGUACUUCCGAAACUCAAAACCUCGCUUUCUGCCACCCUCCAACACUUUGUACCUCUAGCGGGAAACCUCAUCUGGCUUCUAGACUCCCCCAAACCCCUUCUCAGUUAUAUCAAAGGCGACGCAGUUUCGCUCACAAUCGCCGAGUCUGAUGCUGAUUUCCACCGUCUAAUAUCGAGCAACAAUUUUGACAUUGAAGCCAAAGAAUACCAUCCUCUUGUGCCCCAAUUGGCAGCGUCUCAUGACAAAGCUGCUGUGCUGGCAUUGCAAAUAACCGUCUUUCCCAAAGACGGCUUUUCGAUUGGAUCAGCCAUGCACCAUGCCGCCUGUGAUGGCUUAUCUGCCAUCUCGUUUUUUAAAUUUUGGGGUCACUUUUGCAAACAUGGAGAAGGAGGAGGACUGCCACCUUUGCCAAGUCACAACAAAAAGGUCAUAAAGGACCCUUCCGGGCUCCAAGCAAUCUACUCAAACGAGUGGUUAAGACUGGGUGGUCCAAACAACAGAAGCUUAAUGCUUUUGGAGGCUCGAGGUCCAGGAGACGGAAUUCGAGGCACCUUCGAAUUCACACGCGCGAAAAUCGAAAUGUUAAGGCGGGUGAUGAGGAUUAUGAUGGCAAAGAAGAAGGAACAAGCUGAUCAUUCAAAACUACUGCAUUUGUCGACAUAUUUGCUAACAUGCGCCUAUACAUGGGUUUGCUUACUCUGGGCUGAGGAGAUCAAGACAGAGAAAGUAUUAUUCAUGAUUAGACCCUCCUCUACUACCAACCUAUUUCGGGAAUUGCAGGACAUCGAGCUGUUGCAGAAACAAAACGCCUAUUGGGAGAAGAUGGACUGUUAGUGGCCUUGAAUGCAAUUAGUGAAGUGAUAAAAAGUUUGGAUAAGACCCUUUUGGAGGAGGCAGAGACUUGGGUCUCAAGAAUCUUCAAUGCAGUACUGCAGCCUUGUUCUUGCUUCGAAUGUCGAGUUUAAGAAAGAUCAACCAAAAAACAAAGAAUCACAAAAUAAAAAUAGGAACACAAAAGGAACAUACUAUCAAUUGAAUUGUUUUGAGUAUCAAUAUUUGAAAUUAAAAAUCUUUUGCCAUGUGGCCCUUCUUUCCACAGUUGUAGUACUUGCCCUCAA